AUGGCUGCCAUUACAGGGCCCGACGAGAAGCUGCUGCCCAUAGCCAUCCUCAUCGAUGAACUGAAGAACGACGAGGCGGUUAGGCGACUGAACUCCAUCCAGCGCUUGAGCACUAUCGCUCUCGCCCUUGGGGAGGAGAGAACGCGCACGGAGCUCAUCCCGUUCUUGACAGAGAGCAAUGAUGACGAGGACGAGGUGCUGCUGGCGAUGGCAGAGGAGCUGGGCAAGUUCGUGCCCUACGUCGGCGGACCUGCGUUUGCGCACCACCUGCUGCCGCCGCUGGAGAACCUCUCGCAGGUAGAGGAGACCGUGGUGCGGGACAAGGCGGUUGAGUCGCUCUGCAAGGUCGGCGAGAAGCUGCCCGACCAGAGCGUCGCGGAGUACCUGGUGCCGCUCAUCAAGCGCCUAGCCCAGGGGGAGUGGUUCACGUCGCGCGUGUCGUCGUGCGGCCUGUUCACGGUCGCGUACCAGCGGGCGCCGCCCGCGACACGCACGGAGCUGCGGCAGCUGUACGGGCAGCUCUGCCACGACGAGACGCCGAUGGUGCGGCGAGCGGCGGCGCAGCGGCUGGGCACGUUUGCGGGCGCGGUGGAGCGCGAGCUGGUGGCGAAGGAGCUGCUGCCGCUGUUCACUGACCUCACAGGGGACGAGCAAGACAGCGUGCGGCUGCUGGCAGUGGAGAGCUGCGGCUCGUUUGCGCAGGCGCUGGGCACGGAGGGCUGCCGUGCCAGCCUGCUGCCGGUGGUGCAGAAGUUUGCGGCCGACAAGUCGUGGCGGGUGCGGUACAACGUGGCGCAGCAGCUGGUGGCCCUCUGCGAGGCGCUCGGGCCGGAGACCACCAGGUCCGACCUGACCCCUGCCUUUGUCAAGCUGCUGCGGGAUCCUGAGGCGGAGGUGCGCAUCGCGGCGGCGGGCAAGGUGGCGGCCUUCUGCAAGAUGCUGACGGCCCCCAUCAUCGUCAGCCAGGUGGCGCCCUGCGUGAAGGAGCUUGCCAACGACAGCAGCCAGUUUGUGCGCGCCGCGCUGGCGGGCGUGGUGAUGGAGCUGGCGCCGCAGCUGGGGCGGCAGCCGACCAUCGACCACCUGCUGCCGGUGUUCUUGGCGCUGCUCAAGGACCCCUUCCCGGACGUCAGGCUCAACGUCAUCAGCAAGCUGGAUCAGGUCAACACGGUCAUCGGCAUCGAGCUGCUGGCGCAGUCCCUGCUGCCGGCCAUUGAGGAGCUGGCGGAGGACAAGCACUGGCGCGUGAGGCUGGCCAUCCUGGAGCACAUACCGCUGCUGGCCGCGCAGCUGGGGGCGGAGUUCUUCCAGGAGAAGCUGGGCCCCCAGUGCAUGAAGUGGCUGGAGGACCAGGUGGCGUCCAUCAGGGAGGCGGCCACCUCCACGCUGCAGAAGAUUGCGCAGGAGUUUGGUCCCGAGUGGGCCAAGGAGCACCUGGUCCCCCCUGUGCUGGCGAUGGUGAAGAACCCCCACUACCUGUACCGCAUGACGGUGCUGGGCGCGGUGGCCGCGCUGUCCAGCUACGUGUCGCCCGACGUGCUGCGCGGCACCAUGCUGCCCGUCGUCAUACAGUGCGCCAAGGACAAGGGGGUUCGAGAAGGAGGGUCACCGAGGGUGGCCGUGACGGCUGUGUGCAUGUGA